AGAUAAUUUUUUGCACCAACAGUAAUGGUUAUGUGCCAACAAUAGCCACAUAGCUUGCUUAGCCAGUGGGACUCUGUCCCUCACCCAGCCAACAGUCUGUGAUAUCUUUCCACUCUAGAUUGCCAUCUUUCCAUUUUAAUAAGAUUUUUCCUUCAUCCUCUAACCCCAUCAUGGUUGCCCUCGUCUUGUUGCUCUCUGCCCUAUCUCUGUCCCUCACCACUGCUCAACUCCUGACCUCACCCACAGUCACUGUAGAACAUGGGAUGGUGCGGGGGAGAACUCUCCAGACGGCCGGGGGUAGGACCAUCUACGCCUUCGAGGGCAUCCCUUAUGCCAAACCUCCUGUCGGUGAUCGCAGGUUCAAGGAGCCUCAGUUCCGUACCAAGCCUUGGCUCGGUGUAUGGGACGCUACGCACCCCGGCAGUGUGUGUCUGCAGUACGACCACAUGACCUACCUCAAGGAGGAGCCCAUCAUCGGAGACGAAGACUGUCUCUACCUCAACGUUUACACUCCAGAGCUUCCAGCUGGUUUCAUAUCUGCCAAUCCCAAAGAUGUUAUUGUAUACAUACACGGAGGAGCCUUCACGUAUGGCGGAGGCCAUCUGUACAUGCCGUGGUAUUUGCUGGAUAGAGACGUUGUCUAUGUGUCCAUCAACUAUAGAUUAGGACCUCUUGGGUUUCUGAGCACAGAAGACGAUAUAGUUCCUGGAAACAACGGGCUCAAGGACCAAGUGAUGGCGUUGCAGUGGCUCCAGAAGAAUAUAGCAGCCUUCGGUGGAAACGCCGGUAGUGUCACAAUCACAGGCAUGUCAGCAGGUGGAGCCAGCGUUCAUUACCAUUAUCUCUCCCCAAGAUCUGUAGGUCUGUUUCACAAGGGAGUGUCCAUGAGUGGUUCUGCCUUGUGCCCCUGGACACAAACCGAGGAGGCGGCCAACAAAGCUCGCACACUGGCCUCAGCCCUUGGUUGUCCUACGGCACCCAACUGGGAGAUGAUCAAGUGUCUGCGCAAACGUCCUGCAAGGCGAAUUGUCCGACUUGUCUCAACUCCACUCUUUAUGCCAUGGCAUUUCAAUCCCUAUACACCGUUUGGGCCCGUACAGGAACGAGCAGGACUGCAACCCUUCCUGACACAACAUCCCUUGGACAUCCUGCGCAUGGGUCACAUCCAGCCCCGCCCUUGGCUUGUCAGUGUUACCUCAGAGGAAGGCUUAUACCCUGUCUCAAAUUUUGUGGCCAAUGCCUCACUGCUGGCGGAGAUAGAACGAGACUGGCUGAAGAUCGCUCCUGCCCUACUUGACUACAACUACACAACUCCAGCUCAUCUUCGAGAUGAGAUCAGUCUCAAGAUCAAACAGUUCUACAUGAAGGGUCAGCCCAUUUCUAGGGCGACCACAGCGCCCUUUAUACAGAUGGUUGGUGACCGACUGUUUGUGGUCAAUGUAGAGCGAGCUGCAAGACUGCAGUCUGCCGCUAGACUCGCACCUGUCUACUUCUACAGGUUCAGUUAUCGUGGUAAACACAGUUACUCCGAACAGAUGUCCUGGGGAUCUACUGAGAAUUUUGGAGUGAGCCAUGGAGAUGACACAGGAUAUAUGUUGGGUGUAGAAUAUAUGAACCCUCUAGAGACAGACUCUGACCGCAAGAUGAGCAAACUUAUGGUGAACAUGUGGGUCAACUUUGCUAGGACAGGCAAGCCGGUGUUUGGAGGAGUGGACUGGGCCCCAGUGUCCCCCACAUCUGGGGUAUCUGGUGGUCUCUCCCACCUACACAUCGCGUCUCCAGAUGAGGCUCGAACCGUGACCUCACCGGACCUUGGACACAGAGACUUCUGGGACUCCCUCCCGAUCAAUGAACCUACCAAUCUCCUCGCUGGCACUGGCAGGCACACAGAGUUUUAACAAUUGACUGUAUUUCCAGAAAAGAAGAUGAAAGCUUCCAAACAUUAAUUCUGCUAACCUAUAUUUCCCUUGAUCAAACAAGCUAUGCAAAUAAUUAAAUGCAUUCUUGACAAUA